CAGCAAAUGGACUUGUUGACAAAUUGUAACUUUCCAGAGAUUAAAGUCACGUGCCACCUGAAUAACACGUGCCCAAUAAAAGCUCUUCCUCGAUUCCUUCAUUACUCCCACAACGAAAUCAGUUGGGUAUUCUAGAAGAGAAAGAGAUGGAUGUUUCUGAGAUGGAAACCCUAAGUGGGUAUAUUCUGGAAGACAAAGAUAUCCAGCCUUCGCUUCAUUACAAACUCCAACCAAGGGGAAUUCACAGGUCAGAUUUCCCCCAGAGAAAUGGCAUAUGGCAAAGGAGUUACGAUUUAUGAUUCUAUUGAAGAAAUUGUUAUAUGGGAUUGUCCAGAGUUAAAGAGAAAUCCUUUUCAGCUUCCCCUGCUUGAUAAUGGCCAACUAUCUCCUCCUCCUCGUCUCACAGCAAUCAAGAUUCAUAGAGACUCAGAAGGAUGGUGGGAAUCAGUGGAGUGGGAUCUACUUAACGCUAAGAACCUUCUUCAACCUUACUUGAAAUAUUACAGUUGAUUGAGGUGUGAAGUGAAGAGCUACAAACAGUAAACGGACUUGCUGGCAAAUCGUAACUUUCCAGAGAUUAAAGUCACGUGCCACCUGAAUAACACGUGCCCAAUAAAACCUCUUCCUCAAUUCCUUCCUCUCACAACGAAAUCAAUUGGGUAUUCUAGAAGAGAAAGAGAUGGAUGUGUCUGAGAUGGAAACCCUUUGUGGGUAUAUUCUGGAAGACAAAGAUAUCCAGCCUUCGCUUCAUUACAAACUCCAAUUCAUUAAAAACUCCAACCAAUAAUUUCCUGUUGGAUUUGUAAGGUAUUUAGUCUACGAGGGUGAAGUGGAAGUGCUGAGGAAAAAUGAAAGUGGAACUACAAAGAAGGUUGACAAUAAAACGGUGACCAACAAUAUCAACAGGCUUCCCGCACCCAAGAAGUUUCUUGCGUUAGGAAGCGCUGUUCCUUAUCUGGGAAGGAAAGCAGGAAAGGGGAAAGCAGGGAAAGCUAAGGAUUCCAAGCAAGGCAAUAUCUCAUUGUUCUUCUAGAGCAUUAAUUUGAGAAGAUUGGCAGAAUGAAGUUUCGGUUUCUUCUUCCUAGCCAUCAUUCUUCAUUGGAUCUCGUUCUUUCUUUUGAUUGGAUACUUAUAUAUCUAAUUCUUGUUUAUCUACAAUGGGAGACUGGUAGUGGACUAGUGGUGGCCCUACCAACCACUGAGGUAAGUUAUUUUCUAUGUUAUGUGUGUGCUAUAUAAACAAAAUGACAUAGUUCCCAGUAAUCCGAGUUACCUAAAUUGUAGUUAAUUUGUCUAGGAAUUUUAAAAGUUGCAUUUGGUUUCAUAUGAUUUGAUGGCAUUUGAAAUGUCUUUUAUGUGUCUUAAUUUUGAUCCGCUAAAGCUUUAGGACAUCUUAAGUAUCAAAAGAUCGAAUUGAUGUUCAUAGGAGAUUCCAUGCAGAAAGCCCAGUUUGAGUCAAUGGUUUGUUUGGUGCAAUCUGUGAUUCUUGAGGAGAAGAAAUCCUUCCGUAGAAUUCCGCCCACAAUGAUCUUUAAAGCUGAGGAGUACAAUGCAUCAAUUGAGUGCCACUGGGCUCCCUUCAUGGUGGAUUCUGAUUCAUACCAUGCAACAUAUCAUACUAUCCUGAAAUGACUAGUGAACCUUGCUGCCAAAGCCAAACAUGGUAGGAGCUAGGAAGGACUUGAUGUAUUGGUGUUUGAGAGCUAUAUCUGGUGGAUGCACAAGCAUAACAAGCCUAGGUCAAUGCUAUGUAAGUUUCCAGUUUUCCAGCUAAGGCUUUCUAUUCUGUCCAAAUUCUUCUAGUUUUUGUGAACCUUGCUGCCAUAGCCAAACACAGCAGGAGCUAGAAGGAGUUGAUAUGUUGGUGUUUGGAGCAAUAUCUGGUGGAUGCACAAGCAUAAAAAGCUUCAGAUCAAUGUUAUUUAUGGAACUCCUGGGAUUUUUCAAGAAUAAAAUGUGACAACUACUCGUCAAUUGAGAAACCUGGGCAAAUUGGAUAGAAUCUAACAUCAGUCCUUCAUGUCCCCAACACAUGUCUGUGGUAUGUUUCACUUGCUGUUUUCUAUUACAAAACAUCCCAAGCCCCCAAAUUAUGAAAAUGAUGAUAAUAUAGGGAGCUAUCAAGCUGUUAUAAACCAUUUUGAUGAAGUAGAAGAAGUUAAUCCUUUCUUUGUUAAUCUUCUUUUCUUUUCAAAUUUACAAUAUUUUUUUUUUAAUGAUAUGAUUCUUAUUAUUAAUCAGUGAUCAUGAAAAUGUAGAACCCUUCAAGGCUUUCACCUCUUCCUGCAGAACUAGUUGCUCUCUGCUAUGGUGGUGAUGCAAAUCAUGAUAUCCCUCGUGCUACAGUCACCAGACCCAGUUUUAAGAUUGGCCACCAUUUGCCCCAAUCGUUCGUAAUGAUAUUGCAAAUGAUGUACUGAUUUAUCUACAAAAGUUUAUGUAUGUGCCUUUUUAUCAUUCUAAGGAUUGGUUUCGUGCUUUUUUUAGAAUGACAUAUGGCUGCUACUCCAGCAUUCAUCAAAGGGGAAGGUUGGAAGCCAAGCGAUAAUGAGAACUGCUUUAACGAGACCCAUCCAAUCCAAGAAGCAUCAUACAAGAACUAAAGAUCAACCAUUCCAGUUUUGAACAUUACACAAUUGUUAGAAUAUAUCAGAAAAAUGCUCAUACAUUUCUGUUUAUGAAGACCCUGAAAUUUUGCUGAUUGCAUUCAUUGGUGCUUGCCGGGACCACCCUAAGAAGAUGCUCAAUGCAUCAGUUUAUGCUCAUACAUGGAAUGAGAUUUUGUAUGCAUAAUUGUUGAACGGUUGUAAAAAUCUUUUGAACUUCAUUUUUGGAAAUUAAGAGUGUAAAAUCAAGAUACUGACAGAGUGAGUUUCAUCAUUUUCUUUGCGGUAAGACAAGAUAUUUGCUAAAAUCGGACAGAGACAAUACCAGAGAAA